AUGAGGGAUAAGGAUGCGUUCCCCGCAGUGCGGCAAGGCGCGCUGACGCACUCCCCUAGGGCGCACGCGCGUCCUUUUCGCGCCGCUACUUCGGUGGAAUCCGAGAUCCCCGCCCCGCUUCCGGUUAAGUGGUUACCCACAAGCCCCCGCGCGAGCACGCUCUUUCCUCCUGCGCGUGCGUCGGCUGUGGCUCCGCCCCCCGGUCCCGUGAGCCUCUGCGAAACGAUAUUUAAGCAUCUCGCGGCGUUUCGUCGUUCUCAUUUCUUCGUCUGUUCUCGGUGGCGGGCGCUGGAACGUGGGCGCCGAGGCCCGGCCGAUCUCGAUCAAGCGCAGGAGAACGGCACAGUUGCAGGAUGGGACGAGGAGCACCCCGCUGCCAAUGCAGCGUUACUGGGAGAGGCCAGCAUCUUGUGGUCAGCCAUGAGGAAUUCCGCUGCCCGGCCGGGUGAAUGCAGCUUUUCUGGACGAUGCUGCAUUUAUAAGGCCCCAUUGGGUACUGAUCUGCCUGUUUGCUCAAAGUCCAGCGCCUUAUCUGAAAAACAAGAUGGGUCCCAGGGCAAACUGGAGAGGCUGUUUCCGCUGCACCCUGGUCCGAAAUUGAGAGGCUUGAAGAAUCCAAGACACCGAAAAAUAUUCAAGAAUUACAUGCCAGUUUCACCGGAUUGUGCCACUUAAAGCAAAAGUUUGCCUAAAGGGCAGCCUGUUCUGAGCUUAGUGCUGAUCCAGGCACACUUUCUACUCUGAGGAUGGUGCUUAGAGGAUGCAACUGGAGGCCAUAGCAAGUCGGCAAUUGCUUCAUUCUCCCUAAAUAAAGGCUCUAUUAAACUUGA